UUUGAGAGUCAAUCAGUCAAAGUGGCAGUCGCAAUAGCGUUUUUUUCCCAGAACAGAAAUCAUUGGACACGUUAUAACAACUGUUUACCGUGAGCUGUCAUUGUUAUUGAAUGAUUAAGCUCCAGUUUCUCGUAAAGUCAUUGCAGGUUUCUUCAACCAAGUUCAAGAGUCAGCCAUAUAGGCUUGCCUUUUUAUAUUCGAUUUGCUGCAAAGCCGAAACGUAUCAACGAUUACUGGUUGAUUCACAUGGUGUAACAAUAUUUAAUUGCACACAAUGCAGGACACGGAAUCAAGAUUCAUUACCCGCCUUUCGGAUUUCCAGGAAGACCGAUAACAAAAGUGGGAUCAGUCUGACUCUGACCUACUUUCCUCCUUACUUCAUACCUGCAAUGCUAUUUAUAUCCCUGACAUGGGUUGGAGGAGAAGCACACAUCAUCUUCAACUGGACUCAACCUUAUUGUCAACAUCUGGUCAGCCUACAGUGUUUGUCACACUGGAGCCAAUACAUGGAGGACAGGGCACUGCUCCCUACAGGGGGAAUAGGGGAUCCAAAAGCAACGCUCAUGCCAUUAGUGGUUAAAACUGAGCCAGACACAAAGACCCAUAAGGUGAGAGAGGAGGAUAUCUCUGAGGUUCCCAUCAAAGUUCCCAGAUUCCAGUAUGUGGACUUCCCUUCACUACACCAGUGCAUCCAGCAACUCAGUGUACCACCCCUGGACAGCUGGCUGGAGGGCUGCCCCCUGGCCCUGGGAAGACCCUCUGGAGGACAUAGACCGGUCACCUCCAAGGAAAGGGUUCCCAAAUUUAAGUAUGUGGAUUAUCCCUCUUUGCACCACUGCAUCCAACAGUUGUCUGUGCCGCCUCUGGAGAGCUGGAGCUCUGGGUUAGCCAGACAAGGGAUUGGGGUGACAGGGGGACCUGGAUCCACUACCGCUCAGCCCAGUGCUGUGAGGGAGAAUCUGACAGGUCACAGAGGUGGUUCAGCAUCUGCUCAAAAGCCAGACAAAUACACUGCCUUCCCCUUCCCUGGACCUGAUCCUGGCUCCAUGCAGUGUUUGAUCUCCUCAAAACAGACAUCCAAUAAGCCGCAGCAGCUUCAGCUGCACUUGAGCAGCCCCCCCUGUGUCAAGCCAGAAGUCAGCUUCCAGAGGAAAGAGGGUAAGGUUGUGUGUUCAGAUCAGCGCUCUCAAAAGUUCACUAGUCCCAAAACAUGGGUUUCUGGAAUGAAGUGUAUCAGAGGGAUCGGGUCAUUCCAUCAGAGCAAUAGGAAGUCGACAGGUGAUAACUGGCACGCAGACCUAAAACAGUCUCCACAAAGUCAUCACGAGGCCCAAGUGGAACUCUGUGACACUCCUGACUUAGGACAAGGGUUUUGGAGAACAAUCCCAGAGUCUGUCUGCCCCUUUUGCCAAAAGAUGUUUUCAGACCCAGAGGAAUUGCGGAUCCACCAAAAGAGUCACAGAGAAAAGAAGCCACAUUGAUGUCUGGGCCAAGGAAACUAGCAGCUGACAACAAUGAACAUCUUCAAAACUGCAUUGACCUCAGUUUGUUACACAGGCAUGUGCUGGGGAAGGCUUCUUCAGAAAUGAUUGGUCACCUUACUAGAGAUCUCCUGGGUUGGUUUUGUAUUGUGUUUAUCUUGAUGACAUAAGGGGGGGACUACAAAUAAACUUUUAUAGCUAAGAGCUCAAUUAAUAAUUACGUCUGGGAAUCAAGCUCUCAGUGUGAAAGACUGAUCCUUGGUGGCUCCUGAUAGUCCUACAACCCCAUCAUUUACCAAUGGUUUAAUUUUCCAGCGGGUGGUAUACAUUAGAGUAGAUUUAACAGGAAUAUCAAACGAUAAAUAUUGUUUUAACUCAAAUGUUAGUGAUUGGAUUGAGAUGUAGUGCAUAAUCUUUUGUGUCCCUGUCAAGAAUUUAACUUAGAUUUUUAUUUCUUAGAAGGGAUGUUGUUUAUUCCUGUCUAUAAGCUUGUCUGGAGAAGUUUCCCUUUAUGGCAAAAACAUCAGUAAAUAGUGGGGAUUAACAUCUCAUACUCUGAAGAAUGAUGCCUGAUCAGUAUUUCAACAUAAUGAUCUAUCUACUGUAGCUUUGGGUGCCUAAUCAACCUUUAGCUUUUGCUUAUGCUGCAAAACAACCCUCAUUCUUUAUCAUUUUUCAUAUUUUUCUUAUUUUACAAUGGUAAUGAUGAAUUAUUGCUUGUAUUAAUUAGGAAUAACCUUUUUUUUUCAAUUGUCAGUGUGCAUUACAUAUUUUCUAGUAAAAACUAUUACUCAACUUUCUAUA